GGUUGUACGCACAUGGGCGGAUGUUGUACACGUCGGACUCCUACUCCACCGGUAGACGAGGCUCGUUAUUCUGCGCGCUGUUUGUCAGAAAGCAAGUGCAUGCGGCCAGAGUGCUCCCAGAAGCUUCUCCAGCUUGAACUGUAGCACGCGGCCUGAUUUUCAGCACCGCGGGGACGUAACAGCUCCACCGCGGCGCACAGCUCGCGUGCACUGAACCGAGGAGCUAGAACGCGCAAAGCGCUCAUCCUACGGAGGUGGGCACAAGAGGAGUUAGACGACCAAAACCGCUAAGAAAAGGCUAAGGAUAACCUCGAGAAGAAAAUAACCAGGAGACGAACUAUUGGACGUUUGCCUCAUCAUAAUAUCCGAUAAACCCCGAUCAGGAUGGCGUCAAAGAGCGUGGCGUUUUUCCUCAUGCUCCAGAUUUCUGCUGUGCUUCUUUGCUUCAUGGAAGCGUUUCCUACACCAGCCGGAAUGAAUGAUAAAACAGAUUACAACAGGCAGCUGACCGAGGAGAGACCCCUAUGGCAGCAGAUAGCAGAGGCAGAUAGUGUCAGUAAGACAGAAUCCAAACCCACUCAGCUGGCCGAGACCGCGUCCAACACAGACAGUGAUGACAUCACUCUUUUGAGGUCACUGGCUGAGAAAUCUAAAAAGUCAAACAACGAAACACCAAGAUCAGAUUUGACAGCUGAGCACUACAUUUCUGAUGAGGCUGACUCCACCAAGACCAGGAGGCUGGCAGAUGACUAUGAUUCCACCAAGAAUGGGAUGGUCAGCAAAUACCAAGAUGACCCAGAGAGCUUGCAUCAGCUUGAUGGAACACCACUCACAGCUGAGGACAUUGUCCAGAAAAUUGCCAACAAAAUCUAUGAAGAGGAUGACAGAGGCGUGUUUGACAGAAUUGUCUCAAAACUCCUUAAACUGGGACUGAUAACUGAAAGUCAGGCAGACACUCUGGAGCAUGAGGUGGCUGCAGCCCUGCAAGAUCUUAUCACCAAAAAUGCCCAAGAAAAUGAGAUUGAGGAACUGGGCGUUAGUUUCCCUGCUGCCAGGGUAGGAGACAUUGAAGACACUGCAGAAGAUAAUAUGGAUGAAGAGGAUAGGCCCAGCCGCAGGUUUGAUGGGGAAAAUGAUGCUGGUGAUGAUGAUGAUGAGGAGGAGGACGAGGACGAGCGGGAGGAGGAGAGCCGGGACACUGAUGAAAGGGUAGCUAUGGAUAACACCUGGGAUGGCGUGAGUGAAGGCAAUGACAGAAAUGAACUGAGCCCAGAGGAGGGACUGCAGGAUCUCCAGUACUUCCCCAACUUUUACAGACUCUUAAAGAGCUUGGACUCGGAGCAAGACAGAGAGGAGAGAGAGACUCUCAUUACCAUCAUGAAGACACUGAUCGACUUCGUUAAGAUGAUGGUCAAAUAUGGCACCAUCACGCCUGAGGAAGGUGUCGCCUACCUGGAAAAUCUUGAUGCCAUGAUUGCCAUGCAAACCAAGAACAAGCUGGGGAAAGUCAGGGUUACGCCACCUUCAGGAAAGGCGGUGGACGAAGAUGACAACACAAAGGAAGAGGCCGCCAAGAUGCAGCGGGAAUAUGAUUCCCUGAAAGACUCAACCAAAGGCACCCAGGCAGCUGCUGAGAACAGUCAUGUUGGACAGUCAGAGAACUACCUGACAGCGAUCAAGAAGAACAUUGAGUGGCUCAAAAAACAUAAGAAGGAGAGUAGAGAGGACUAUGAUGUCUCAAAACUGAGAGACUUCAUGGGCCAGCAGGUGGAUUCCUACAUCGACAAGGGAAUUCUGGAGAAGGAUGAGGGUGAUGUCAUCAAAAGGAUCUAUGGAAGUCUGUAGGCACAAAUAUAUGGCAAUAUAUAUGACAAUACUAAUUCAUUUAUUGGCAUUUCAGUAUGUCCAUGCAGCUGGAUAUAUUAACUAUAAACUCAUAUAUUAGAUCCCCAAAUUGACUAAAAGCUGCAAUAAAAGAAGGUAUUAUUGAAGAUGUAUUCCAAAAGGCAAUACUCACUGUUUGAGAAAAAAAAAUAGAUUAAUUAGCAAUAGAUGAUUAGGCCUGCUGUUAGAAGACACACGUAAGAUACAAUAAUCUGAGUCCUCUGAAUCAUGAAAGCAUUUUGCUACCUGCAGAUUCAACCCUCAGUGAGUCAAACCGAUUCAGGAAUUGUAGAGAUUUUAGAGGACAGUCACACUGUAGCUUUUGCUUUCCUUUCAAGUUUUGCAACAAACUUUUUGCACCAUUUUCAGUGUGUCAUCAUCACUGUAUGUGUUCUAUCCUUGUAUUGCUACCAUUUUGUCUUUAAUUAUAGCCUUUCAGGCCACAAAAAAACCUCUCACCAUUAUUAUGUUAUACAAGUAAGCUACUUUUGUUUUUUUCUGUCCCAUAGGGGGCACUGUCUCUGUCUCUCACUCUCUCUCAGUCUGGGUUCUGUUCCUCUGCUUGCAGUAUAACCUGUCCAUAGCUGUAGUCAAACACAAUCAAGUAUUUUUAAAUGUAAAUAUUGUGAUUUUUCCAAAAUGCGAUUAAACAUGGCCUUUCUUUAACUGUG